ACUCUCCGUCUUCAAAUUUGAAGAAAGAAGGCAAUCGACGCGACGACGCUUUGCUCGGCCAUCGCCGGAGUUCGAUACGAUAGGACGGCCCCAGUCGUGAGAUGUCUCUGGCAGGCGCGGAGGAGAAGACGGUGGCAUUCCAGUUUGUAGUCGUCGUCAUCGUGGAGGAGAAGGAAGUGCAAGACGCCUCUGUCGCUUGGGAGAAGGAGCGAUAGAUUCAUCGCCGGAGUACUUCGGGUCUCCAUUGCGCAAACUUGUAUCUUUUGUUUCCUGCGAUCAGUUGCUUUAGGGAUUAGGAAUUGAUCGGCGGCGAAAGGUCGUUCUUUUUCUGGAUUUUGGGUGUUAGGUUUUCGGCGAUGUCAACGAAAGUGCAGAGCGGCGAGGCGGUGGUGAUAGCUGCAGGGGAAUCGAAGCCGGAGAUCGUGUGGACCGCAUGCGCCUGUUGCGGCCUGACGGAGGAGUGCACGCCGGCGUACGCCGCUCGGAUCCGCGAGCGGUUCGACGGCCAGUGGGUGUGCGGUCUGUGCGGCGAGGCUGUCAUGGACGAGAUCCGCCGAUCGGGGCGCCGUACCUCCACGGCAGAAGCGCUGAGACGCCACAGGGCCUUCUGUCAGAGCUUCCGCACCGCGGCGCCGCCGCCCAUUGACACGGCGGAGCACCUCAUCGCCGCCAUGCGGCAACUCCUCCGUCGGAGCCUUGACUCCCCCCGCGCAGUGCGCUCCACGCCGAACAGCCCUCUGCGGCCAGCGGUAGCUGGGACGUCCGCCGUUGUCUCCGAAGAAUCCAGGCUAUCGCUCGGUCGGCGAUGAAGUCGGAGGUAACAAUACACUGCAAUUGAAAGAGGGGAUAACAAAAACGAGAGAAAUUGAACUGUCACUAUUUAAAUUCUAUGCUUUCAGUUCAAUCACUGCAACUAUGCAAAAGAACAUGAUGAACAAAAAUGUGUCCUUGAAUUCUCCAUAAGUAAAACCUUUCAUUAUGUUGUUAAAA